AUGGAACAAGAGGUCAAGGUCUCAGCGUCCUUGGAUCAGGAUGAGAACAACAUCCCCUACGCUGGAGAUCCUGGUGAUCGGAUUGACCUUCUGAUCGAUCCGAAAAGCGAAUCUUGGACACAAAGGCACGAAUGGUUCAUCGAGGCUUUGGAUACGGACAUUUCUAUCGAUGCCAUACUAAGGAUUACCUUCACCCGCCAUGAAGCUCUCAUGCUGAUGCCCUCCGAUCGCCCCGAUAUUAAAGAACUACAUGCCGCCAAUACAAAGCGAUAUAAGGCUUUACUCGCUGGUCGCUUCAAGGACGUCGAAGACUCUCUGGCAACAAAGCUCACAAUGACCUACUUUGGACUCCCCGUCGCUCCCAUGGAAAAUCCUCUGCUAGAGCUUGCGGAGAGUCUUGGAAUUGAGCAAGAAGAGGUCCCUCGAUACAAGGUCAGGCCACCGCUACACUUUCUCACUGCUCACGACCGCCGAAACUGGGGGAAGGAUAGCCUGAAAGCUCCAGAAGCCCAAAAUUACCCCAUACAGAUCCCCAAAACAUCUGAACCGAUCUUGGGUCUUCGUGGAGGUGACACCACUGUGGACUCUCAGGUUCUCCAAGACUACUUCCCCAAAGAUGAGAUGCCUGCCAAUGCAAAUGAACAAUGGGUCUACCUGUACGGUGUUAACGGGCGUGUACCCUUUGCCCCUCGAAAGUGGUUUUCAUUUUCAUGCGUUCUCCGCCAGUUGCUCCGCACCAAUUCAACUACCCUUGAUGGCGACGACAACGGGUCUGGCAAUAAAAUUUCCUUAAUAGUAUACGAUCUGAAGAUCGGCAAGCCCCAGAUCAUCCACGAUAGUCUGCCCCUGACAAAGGAGAGUCCCGCGAUGGCUCAUCUUCAGAAGCACUUUACCAGCAACGGAAAGCAUACUCAGAAGGACUGUUGUAUUCUCUUUGCCGAUCAGGGCUGGACGGAGGUCAACAGGGGACCGGAGGUAUGGGAGCCCCUCAAGCAGCAACUCGAAUUAGACACGGUCCGAAUCGGACGCUCUCUUGGAUAUGCACCAAAUGGACCUGAGCAAGACGUCAUCAGCUACGCUUACAUCGCAUUCCCCAAGACCAAGGGCUCAACGUUUGUCGUUGGCAAGUAUGCGUCUAAUCAGUACAAUGUUCAUUUGAGGGCCGCUAUCGAGGUUCUUUUCGGUAUUCCACGCCACGCAGAGCACAACCAUGCCUUGUUUCGGAUAUUCGACAAGAACAAGCCCAAAGCUGUGUGGGAUAUCCCUAUCAUCUACGGCGGCAUGGGUCUUCCGCAGUGGGCAUGGGAACUGCUUCAUCCGCUCAAUAACCCCGGCGCUUGCUGGAUGGUGGAAUGCUGCUGGCUUGAACCUAAUGUUGAUCCUAUUAUCCUACCAAACUAUUACCCGCUACCCAACCCGCACCUAGUGUCAGAAGACGAACCUGAUACAGCUACUUAUGAGCAGGCCCACAGCUCGCUUACUGAAAUCAUCACGGAGGCUUUCGACGCGUCGACUGUAAGAAAGGUCAAUGCAAUCUCUGCCAUUGAUGGCGAUCUCUCAGCUUCCUUCCAAUACCCCCUCGAAGGCUUGCACUUUGACUUUCCCAUACAGAAUCCCGACGACGCAUGGGCUUUGGGCAGGAAGUUGAGGCAAAGGUCAACAUGGUUCCUUAUGCUCUAUGUGAAUUGGUCUCCUGGGCAUUGUCGCUUGUUCCCAGACUGGUACAGUGGCGGGAAGGUCUCUGUAGAGAUGCCACCUCUCACAUCAGAAUUGAAGACCUUCCAGGGCGCUAUUCAUGAGCUCUGUCUACUCACUCAGCAUGAGAGAGAUCCGCGCAAGGAUCAUAUCCUACUCAAGGAGACUCCUUCUGUGGACAGUAUUCAGGUGCAAGACAUGGACUCGCCUGCCUAUCUGAUCACUCCCGAGACAACCGAGAACGACUGGCUUCGCAUCAGGCGAUACAUCACAUCCCCCAGUAUCAUAGUGUCUUUCUUCAAGAAGACAGAGGUUGACUGGACAACCUGCAUAGCCAGAAGCAACAUCUGGGGUCCACGAAUUAGCGAUCACGAUAACGUCCAGGACAGGCGAAGAUGGAAACGAGACGUUCUCGACAUAAAAGCUCUAGACGGCCGUGAAAUUGAUCUCCACGCAAACUACCCCGCUGAUCCUUACAUCCUCAGGCCCGUCGAGCCUGUAGACGAAGAAGUUACAGUUCGCGAUGACAGGAUUGUGCGAGCAGCGUCUUCACUGAGGGAAUCGGCUUUCAGGGCGCCCGAGCUGCCAAAGGCAGGGGCUCAAGCCAAAGCUGGUUCGGUUACUCUCCAGCUACCGGGUGCUCCAGUCCUCAGUAAUCAGUCCGCCACACUCGAUGAUGAGGAGCAUGAUAUUGGUGUCCGAGCAACGGAACGACCUUAUUGGGUAAAUAAACAUAUUAGAGAGUUCUUUGAUGGGGCUUCCGAUACGUCUUCUGAAGAGGAGUCUACUGAAGAUCAAGAUUCUGUCAUGGAAGAUGAUUUGGCUCCCGGAGAGGAAGAGGAAGAGGAAAUCGGCGACGAUAUGGACGUGGACAACGACACAGAUCAGAGACCCUAUCCCUAUCUUUUUGCCUAUGAAGAUGAUAAAUUCGACGAAGUCGAAGAGGAGCAGGACGUUGUUACCUCCCUUCCUGGUCCAUUCACCAAGAUGCCCGGCAGUGAUGACACCGUUGGGAGAGAUGACCGAGGCCGCACAUGGGCCAUUCAACCCAGCCUCUUCGAUGGCACCAACCCUGAUACCUGGCCCUCUGUUGAUGAUAUUAACAUCCCCUUGACCGCAGCUCCUGUUGAGAAGAUCCACCGCAUUAGCAACAGCGUCCCCAUGGUCUCCAAGGCCAUUCUCACUGCUACAGAACAGGCCGAGCUGCAGCGCAGCCUCUGGGACGCUCGCAACAUGCUCCUCAAGCGCACCAUGCAGUGCCCUUUCGAGAACUGCGACUUCACCUUCCGUCUUGAUGAUCAUGAAGCUAGAGGCAAGCACACUCGGAGUGUGCAUCAGUCACGGAAGUGUCCCUGGUGUGACGAGAGUUUGUUUGAAUGGUGGGAUGCAGAGCAGAAGGAUAGGCAUAUGCGGGAGAAGCACAGCGACCGCUUGAAGACUAUUCUGGGUCUUUCAACCCAACAGGGUAAGGCCCAGCGGUUUACAAAUACUCGCCAGAGCCAGCAGGUUAACACCCAACGGUUCCCUAAUCCUCGCCAUUCAGACACCAGGACUGCGCAAUCUCGUGUCGGAAACGCCGCGGCGCGAGUUUCCUUCGCCGGAACACAGAAUAACAACGUGGGCUCUGGAGGGCAGUCGCACUCAGGAGGACCUGCGCCGUCUUGGGGCCGUACGCAAACUCGGGCGCCUCCUGGUAGCCAACCUCAACCGACAGCCCAAGCUGGGCCUUCUGGGGCCGGUACAGAUAUCGAAAUGGACAACUCCUUCAUGACAGGAACCAAUCCAGCACAGAAUAACAGAUCCUUUGUCCAAGGGCCACCAGUCCCUAACCCGUUUUCUUCCUCACCAGCCGCCCCAGUAGCGCCUCUCAGUAUUGCAGAUCGGGUCAGGGAAGAGUUGAGGCCUUUACCGAAGCCCUCCCAACCACCACGCCUUCUCGCAUACCCACUUCCGUGGUACGAUAUGCCUGGGCCGGUUCCCCACAUAGAUCCUCUCAAGAAGUGCUCCUACCAAAGGUGCCCGAUUCCAGAAAUGGAGCAUCUCAGCUCGGAUGGUGUGUGGAAGCACUUCAAACUAGCCCAUCCCGAUCAUAAGAUGGACGCUUGUCCCUUCUGCCGUCUUCCGUUUCGUUACGAUGCCGGCAAGGACGAAAAGGGCAAAAUGAUCCUGAAAGACCGCAAGGUCGAGGAGUGUAUCAAGCACUUCGAUUGCCACAUCUACAAGCUCUGGGACAUCCUGGAGCCCCCUGGGUGGCUAAGUAAGCACCCGCUGUGGAACACGCCCGAGUGGAAUUCUGGCUAUCCCAUUACCAUUGCCCCAGAAGUUUGGGAUGCUAUGAUGGCGGAAUAUGAAGAGAAGAAAAAGGCUGGCAAGAUCCCCGGCCUCCCGACCAUUUCGAUGAGGAAUAAGUCUGUUGCUCCUCAAACCGCUACCACAGCAGCCACAACCAUUCAGCCUGAUACUGCCCAGCCUGCUACUGCACAACCCGCUUCUACACAGCCUGCAGUUCCCCAGGCUGAGAAGCAGACGCCAGCUGAGUCUCAAUUGUUGAAAAAGUGCGCUUUCUUCGAGAAAUGCGGCGCGUACAUUGAUGCCAUGACCGCUCAGCAGCUCCGUCGUCACAUCCGUGCAAGUCAUGGAAAGGAAGUGCAGAUUCUGGAGUCUGAUGAUGAAGAUGGUGGGGACGAAACUGAGAACGAAGAGCCUCGUUCGAUAACGCCAACUCCUAGACGACCUGUUCCCAAACCCACUCCGCGCAAGCCUUUACCUCCACCGAAACAGGCGACCCAGGCCUCAUCGGAUACUGAAGAGUCUACCCAUUCUGGGGCUGUGGUGCCUGCGAAGAAGACCCCCGCCAAGACAAACACUCGCAAGCCUCGACCUGUUAACAACUCAGAGGCUGAAACCGUAAGCGACGUCGCCUCUACUGUCUCCCGCGGCAGACGGUCUAGUAAGGUAGCCCGCCCCAAGCCAGUGACAGCAGCACCUGCUGGCGAUACCCAAGGUAGCGGGUCUAAGAGCUCAGUCACCGAAGGUCGAGCCAGUACAGCCAAGAAGUCCAAGACACCUCGUCCAGCAGGUGAGAAGGAUGGUGACUACGAAGAUGAUGGCGCGGAGACCGAUGAAUACGAUGAGGAGCAGCUUGAUGAAGGGGUCACUCGUCGUCGUCGGGCGAGAUCUCCAGACUGGGUUAAGAAACUUGGUCCUGGAGAUCCCGACUUUGAUCCUGAUGAUGACAUGUACUGCUCCAAAUGUCUUCGCAAGGCGCCUAAGAGGCGAAGCAAGAGUCCCAAUCGCUCACCCAUCGGUCGUGCCCGAGAGCUCGAGUUCCACACUGACAAGGAUCGCUGCUGUGGCAUCCGCAAUGGAAGAGGUUCAGCGGUCCAUCUCCCCAAUCGCAGUGGCUGGAUCCGAGCCCGCGAACUCCCCAAGAAACUGGGCGAUAUCAAGGAGAAAUUCCGCCGCCGCUACCCAACCUACGCGCGCACGUUGUAUCCAACCAAAGCAAGCGAUAACUACGCUUCCGUCUGGCGCUCCGAUCCCAACAACGAGGACAACAUGGCAUUGUGGGACAUCCCCUGGCCUCCAUACGAGGGCCUGCCGCCGUUCCCCGGAUCAUGGGAGGCACCUGGGUUGCCAUGGGAUGACACCGCAGCUGGCCGUAAGCGACGGGAGCAGUAUAUCGGCCAACACGUCCAUGACCCUUCAUAUCGGUACUCAAGCGACUCCGACUCGGAUGAUGGGCUGAGGCCAGAUGUAGACGACCUCGCCGAGCUGCAAAGCGAUAUCAGCGUAGGACAGAAGCGCCGCGCUAGCGCAUCGACCUCGGCGAACGACACAGAUGCACCCGCGGCCAAGAAAGCCAAGAAGGGCAAGACUGCGCCUAAGACACCAGGACGUCCUAAGAAGACUGGUAAGGCCAGUACUCAACCUUCGCGUACGUCGAGUAGACUUCGACGACGACAGGUUAGUGAUUCGCCUGCUCCUGCAGUGGUGGUUGCUCCUGUAGAUGAGAAUGAGGAUGGGGAUGAAGAUGAGGAUGUGGAUGUGGACGCGUGA